AGAUUUGCAACACCUUGUGUAAAGAAAGGAUGACGGACAAACCUUCAUUUCCAAAUGCUGAGAGUCGCAAGUUGUGUUGGGCAGCCAGGGAUGACUACUUCAAGUGCCUAAACAAUAACAGUGGAGACGAGACGAAAUGUGCACAGAAGAGACAGGGCUUUGACGAGCACUGCUCUAAGACUUGGGUCAAAUAUUUCAUCCGGAGAAGAGACUUUUUGAAGUACAAAGAUGAGGUUCAGGAGAAAGGGUUUAUUCCCACAGAAGAUGAGGAAAAGACAUAACCCACAGUUGGUAACCAAACGCCGAUGGAUACAUCCUGUGCUUGAACUGCAGGUGUCAGAGCAAACUUGCAGACUCGCAGUCGUGGAUUGUAACAUCAGAACAGUGCUUAUGAUGAGUGUUUGUUCAAUUUGGACCGGAUGUGAUGCAAAGAGCCUGAAUCAUUGAAAACAAACAAGAUAAUACAGAGGAUACUGCUGUCACACAUCAGGACUGCAUUCCCUUAGAAAAACAACUUGACGUCAUUCUCAAACACAAAUUCUGUCCCUUUUUUGGAAAAGGGUAAUUUAAAGUAUGAGUGUAUUGUAAUAUUUUUAAAACUCCAUUUCAAAUGAUAGUAAUGCUCUGGCAUUAUCAUGGAACAUGGACUUCACUUUUAUACUGAAGUAUGCAACUUGUGAUAAUUUCUGAACCCUGUCCAAUUUAUGAUGUAUGUUUUACACUACAGUCGAUACAGAUAAUGUUGAAAAAUUAUGGUUUUGAAUAUUAUGUCCAUUAAGGAAAAUUGGUGCAAAGCAUUGGUGAUUAUUACGACCUUGAACUUGAUCAUCAAAAACACUAGAGGCUAUAGGCAAUCUAAUGAAGUGUACCAUAGUCGACUGCAAAUAGACUUUAUGCCCAGCAUCCAUCUUAGAAGGUGUUCUUUGAUAUUCUAAUUCUGUAACAAUAAAUGAACCUAAUUUGUAUUCAUGAUUAUCAGAUCGGCACUGCCGCCCUCCUUAAGACGCCCGUAGGCGUAAGAUCUAUAUGGCCCCUGAACAUGAAUAUUAUACUCCGUUACACUAUAAGUCUAAACCGUGGUUUACAUGUAAAUGUAUAUAUAUCAGAUUUAAAUGAUGCUUUUGACAGUAAAUAAGUUGGUCCUGGCAAAACUACAAGGCCAAAAAAAAAAAAA